AUGGACACGCGCUUCCACUGCGUGUACUUGCUCACCAGUCUCGACCCUCAGUGCGACGGCGACUUCUACAUUGGCUACACCGUGAACCCCCUGCGACGGCUGCGGCAGCACAAUGGCGAGCUCGUGAACGGCGCCCGACGCACGGGCCGCCGUGGUCGGCCGUGGACAAUCGUCUGCUGUGUCUCGGGCUUCCCUGACGAUCGAGCCGCGCUGAAGUUCGAGUGGUGCUGGCAGCACCCGACGGCAUCCGCGCGGCUGAGACACGCGAUCGACACUCUCACAGGUCUGCGGCGGCUUCCCUAUGCGGUGGCCACGCUGCACCUCCUCGUGCGCGCCUCCCUCUUUUCCCAGCUGGAUCUGACGCUGCACAUCUUCGAGUCAGCACUCUUACAGGAGGCGGCGGCCAGGGCGGAGGUGUUCCUGGCGAGACGCCGUGGCACCUUUGCCGUGGGCGGCAGGCUACGAGCCGAGUCACCGCGAGUAGGCACACAACAGUGUUCGCAGAGGAGCUCCUCCUUGCAAGGGCAGGCAGACGGUGUUGUGACACCGCCGCUGCCCGCGCUUGACUCUCAAAGGGAACUGCAGGAUGCGUCGACGGCAGCGGUGCUCGCAGCCACCGCGUCUGCUUCUCACCUUCUCCCUCCCCUCACCCCGUCUCUCUUGUUCCACGUCGAGGUCACAACGCGGCAGGCCUUUGAGGAUGCCUACCUGAGUCACGACCGGUGCCUGCUGCUUCCAAGCGUGAGCAUGGGCGUCGACGUGGGAGAAGCAGGGAAGGAGGGCAGCCACAUGAGCGAGUCUGCUGGCACCUCCUGUCCGUAUGAUGUAUCGUUACUGUCCCAAGCGGUGCGGGCGGAGUGGUCAAACGGCUCCUUCGCCUUUGACUCGAACGACGAGGACACGCGACGACUCGCGGCCUCCUGUCCCUCUGCAGGGUCGCGCACGCCAUCUCCGCAGCGCGUUUGGACGGCGGCCUCACCGGCCCUUCUCGGCUACCGCAGCGAGGAGCGGACAGGCGACGGCGUCCUGGAAGCGAGCCCAGGCAGCAGUGUCGGCUGCGGUGCGGCGUUACGCUCCUUCUCCUCUCCUCCGCCACCACGAGCGUCUUCGCCGCGAUCGACAUCGUGUCCUCCACUGUCCCCAGGCAUCAACGAAUCCGCCUCACUUGCAGUGGAUGCACCCCAUGGGGGCGUCACGGCUGCCUGGCCUUCCUCCACAGCGGGGGCACCCGCCUCACAGCCCCGCAUCCCACUGCGCUUUGCGGACUAUGGCGAAAUGGACUUUGCGCGGGCUCACGCAGAGGAGCAGCAUCGCCUCCAUCACGGGCUACUGCCGUGCAGUCUCUGCGCGUUGCCGCUGGCGCCCUCGUGUGUGGCGUACUGCAGCCGCGCACCUUUCUGCACCCUACGCUGUCACCUGAGCUGCUUGGCGAUGUGGAUGCUGUAUGCCGAGACGGAAGCGGCGGCUACCGUAGACGGCACUGAUAAAAGCCCUGCGCUGCUUUCGCAGGCGCCUCCAGCACCCAUAUCACCGCUCCGUCGUUUGAUCCCUUCCCAGCCGUGCCCGUGCCCCCUCUGCGGUGUCCUCCUGCACUGGGGCUCGCUUGUGAAGGAGUUGAAGAAGCGAGUGGUUGUGGAGCGGCGCCUACACGCGGCACAGCGGCGCUUGCGCAUGGAGCAGCGGUGGCAGGCGCGACUGGCGCACAUUGACCAGACAAAGAGAAGCACCGGUGCGUCGAUGCGGCGUCGCCAGCGGACGAAGGUGGGCGCUGCAGCCCUAGCAAAAGGCGCCGGCGAGGCACCCGGUGCCGCUUCCACUGUACCAGCGCCGACGAACCACGCAGGGCCGGCACUACGCGAUGCACCGCGGGUGUCGUCACCGAGCUCUUUGGGUGAGCCGGCCCUGACAUCAUUCGCGGCUUCGGCCUCCUGCCCCUCUCCCUCUGCGUCUUUGGCAGCGUUGUCUCCUACGGCGAGUGCGUCGCCGAUCUCCCGCCACAACGGGCACUCGAACACCGUUACCGCUACGAAUACGGCGGCGGCUGGGGCGGUGGUGUCUGACGCGUCUCUCUUGUCUCUGACGGACUUCUGCGCGGAGGACUGGCUGCUGCCAUGA